AUGCGUAUGCAGGCCAAGGCUGUGUUUGUGGAUCAGGCGCCGCUGCAGAACCGCGCCCCCGGCUGGGAGCUGGGCAGCAAGGGCUGCAACAACGAGGCAACGCUGGCUGAGUUGCAGGCCACCCUCAAAUCUGACCUGGGUGCUGUGGCGGAUGGCAACGCAGAGGGUUGCCUCACCCUGCCGCUUCCGCCCGCCGUGCUGGCGCGUCUGCGCGCCGAGACGCUGCGCUGCGACCCCUCAGCCCUGGGGGAGCUCAUGGCGGACCACACACAGCUGGACUGGCGAGAGCUGCUGCCGCGCAUCGCCAUCCCGUGCCUCAACGUCGUCGGCGGCACGUCGGGCUGCUUCCCUGUCGAGGGCUGCCUGGAGGUCGGGCGGCGCAUCCCCGGGUGCUGCAGCGUCGUAUUUACCAGGGCCAACCACUGGCUAUACUUGGAGCAGCCCCAGGAGUUCAACGAGCUGCUGCUGGAUUUCGUGAAGCGCGGCAAUGAAGGCAGGCCCAAGGUGGCGCACAUUGAAUAG